GUCUAAUUUCUGUCUGUAAUCUGUCUAAAACUACUGAUUUCUGUGAAGUGUGUAUUUUGUUUAGUUCAAAGUUCUUUGUUUGGAUGAAAUUAUUCAUAAAGAGUUUUUAACUAAACAUUUAUAUUACACUUAUUUAAGUGCACGAGGAGCAUUUGAUUGUAGGCUACUUAAAAAGAGUGUAGAUAUUAAAACAUUUCAAAUUGAUAUUGUAACUUUUUCUUUAACAUAAAGUUACAAUGGCUGCAAGACGAGCUACUCAUUCAGGAAGUUGGUAUUCCGAUUCCAGUAAAGAGCUUAACAAACAGCUGGAGAAUUGGCUGAAUGCUGCUGAUUUAACACAUGGACCAGCGCGUGCUAUCAUUGCCCCACAUGCAGGAUACCAGUACUGUGGGGCUUGCAGUGCCUUUGCCUAUCGUCAGAUCAGUCCAGCAGUUGUGCAGCGGAUAUUCAUCCUUGGCCCCUCCCACCAUGUGCGGCUCGCUGGAUGCGCACUCUCGUCUGCUGUCAAGUACCGAACUCCGUUGUAUGAUCUACGAAUCGAUACCCAAGUAUAUGCAGAACUGGACGCUGCCGGUCAGUUUGACCGAAUGAAUCUUGAAGUGGAUGAAGAUGAACACAGCAUUGAAAUGCAUCUUCCCUUCAUAGCUAAAAUAAUGGAAGAGUACAAGGAUCAGUUCACCAUUGUGCCGGUCCUAGUCGGCUCGUUGACCCCCGAGCGUGAGGCUGCGUACGGUCACAUCUUUGCUCGGUAUCUAGCGGAACCGCAGAACUUGUUCAUCAUCUCGUCCGACUUCUGUCACUGGGGGCAGCGUUUCCGCUACACUUACUACGAUCGCAACUGGGGAGAGAUUUACCAGUCCAUCACCAAACUUGAUCGGAUGGGUAUGGACAUCAUCGAGACACUCAACCCUGCUGCGUUCACCGAUUAUUUGAAACGCUACGCCAACACCAUUUGUGGUAGACAUCCCAUUGGGGUUUUGCUUCAGGCGGCCACGUAUCUUCAACGGACGGAGAGGAUGAAUCUCAAGUUCUUGAAGUACGCGCAGUCGAGUCAAUGCUGCAAUAUGAACGACUCCAGUGUGAGCUACGCGGCCGGUUCUCUCUUGUUUGAAUAACACGAGCUGCCGGUUAGGUUCAGUAUUCACUAUGAUCUCUGCGAUAGUUGAUAUAUUGCGACCGGCUCCGAGAUCUUUCCCGAGUGUUGAAAUCCCCGGGAAAGUACGACUUACCAGUGACUGGGCUGGCACACGGACUAAAAAAAUUGUAGUUUGUGGAUUUUAUACUCCCAACCAAGUGCUAUAUUUAUUACAAUAAAAGACUUAUAGUGACAUGUUAAUCACAUAUAUAUCAGUAGUUGUUUUUUAUUUCUUAAACAAAUUGUAGAUUAGUUUUUUAUUUUAAGUUUUAUAUCUCUUUUCUUUGAAAGAGUUAUUAAAGUUUUGUUUUUAUAGUUAUGUGAUAAGUGAUACAUUGUAUUGUUGUGCUAAUUAAAUUACAAUGUAUCAUUUUUUUAUGUCAAAAAAUAAAUAUUUAGUAAAUUUAUACAUAUUUCCAA